AUGCUCUUGAAAGAGGUGCAGACGAAGCGGAUCGGGAGGGCCUUUGAGAUCCUAUGUAGCAAAAUGAUGGAUCCCCUUUCCACCGUUUUUUCACGUCUUUCGUUAGAUUCUCAUCUGAAAUGCUACGAUGCCUACCUGUACUUGUUGAAGUGCGCUUUGCGCGUCUUUGGUUGUGGUGUUUUUGAACCCCGCUUCUACACAUAUCUGUUAGAGACGACUUGGGGGCUGUGCGGUGGACUGAACUCUGUCGAGGACGCCGAUGCGCGCUCCCGACGGCUAAGGCUGUUGGAAUACGCCAUGAAAAUACUUGAAAAGAUGGUGGUGUUUUUCCCUACAAAGCUAAACUCUCUUCCGUUUGCCUUUUUCGUGCCGCCGAUGUCAACCGUUCCCCAUGCCUCGCACUCCCUCUUUGAGCUGGUGGUGGUUAUCAUCGAAACGCGUUCGUCAGCUCCGCCCUCCGCCCACCACGACCUCGGCGAGGAGGGGGAGGUGGUCUCCGAGAAGCUCGCCUGUCGGGCUGCGCGUCUGCUAACGAUGUUCCUCGCCGCCGAGGACGGCGACGAGUUUGUGAGCGGUUGUGUGAAAUCCUUGUGUGAGUCCCCGCUCCUUCCACGGCUGCUUCGGAGCCUGAUUGUGGGUUUCCUCGCCGACGACACCUCCGCGGAGGCGCUGCGGGAGUGGGAUGUCGCGGCGGAGCGGGUGGCCGGGGAGAUGGACGUAGAUAUGGACGACGAGGCCUCCCUCACGGGCUGCAGCGAGCAGCUCUUCCUCGCGCUCACCGGCUCCACCAAUGGCGGUCCUGCCAGCCUGCGGGCGGCCUGGCUGCUCGUCAACCGCCUCCUGGAAGGCGGUGAAGGCGACGUGACCGCCGCCCUGCACGCCAUCGGCAUCGGCUACUACACGAUGGCCGCCAGCGCGACGACCGGGGAUCACCGCGAUUACCUCGACUUUUUGCACGGGAGGCUGCUGCCGAUGAUGCAGGCCGCCUCGUUCGGGGGAUCGGCCCCGACGACGAGUCUUUUUAUCCUCCGCCGCGUCGUCUGGCUGGUGGGGAUGUGGUGUGAGUCGGUCCCCCACCCCCCCCACCGCCGGCAGGUGCACGCCGCCCUCGAGACGGUCCUUCGGGCCUAUCAGGGGAGCCCCGUGAUGGUGCUCACCGCCCUCCGCGCUGUCGAGAAUUUCGUCUCGGAUAGCAACUUUAGCGUCGAGGAGCUCACCGAGACCUCACUGGAGACGAUAUUUGGCUCCCUACAGAGUCUCUUGCCGCGACUGCGCUCACCUGACUCCGUCAAGGCGGUCGCGGGGCUCGCUCACGUCUUAAUUGAGAAGGGUGCCCUGCGGGCUCACGGCGAUUUCGUCUUGGAUAUCUUCCUUCCCGCCGUGGUGCAGCUCUUGUCGGCUUGUGAGGCGGCCCCUUCGAAGGCCGGCGACGGCCUCCCUGCGGGUGGGGAGGGGGGAAGCCUGGACGAUGGGGAGGAGGGAGGGGGGGGCUGUCGGGAUAUGAUCACCCUCGGCGCCCUCCUGGAGUGCCUACAGAGCUCCAUUAAGGUGUGCGCCACCGAGGAGGCGGUUUGGCGGCCGUUUUCGCCCGUUGUGGUCGCGUGCAGCGCGCCCGGGCGGGUGGCGACGCCGUGGGUGGAGGACGGCGCGUGGGCCCUCCUCCUCGAGAUGGGGCGCGGCGUGGGAAAGGCGGGCGGCCCUGCCACGUUGCAGCCCCUCUUGGCGGAGGCCCUGCGGUGGUCCCUCCACCACACCCAACGCGAGUUUUCCGCCCUGCCUCUCGUCUUACGGUGCGUCUACACGCUCCUGCUUGGGUGGGGGGGGAGCGCGGAGGACUUCUUCGCGGGGGAGGCUACCCCCUUGCAAUGGCUGACGACGAUGUGGUGCACGCCGAUUCCCGAGCUGCGAAGUGCGUAUUUUUGCGCGCUGACGGCAAUCGUUCGGAGAGGCGGCGACAGCCUACGCCGUGGGGUGCUGCUGCAAGCCUUAGCCCUGAUGGCGGCUAGUGAGGACAUCCAGGCGGAGGAGGCCGGGGUGCUGGCCGCGUGCUUGGUGUAUGUCUGUCUACCCGUGCAGGAUCCAGGACGGGCGGCCCUCUCUCCUGGCGAGCCGCGCAGCGUGGUAUCGGAUAUCGCUGAGGCGGUAAAUAAUCAGCCUCAGCUCUUGGAGAAGCUGGUUUUACUCCUGGAUGUCUCACCUAAUCGACUUUGCUCACAUUGCAUUACCUUUUUGCUUCGCCAAUGUCUUGAGAUGCUUCCUCAGAUGUCCCCUGAGGAUCGAAACAUGGUGAACUUGGCGUUGGAAAGCUCACAGGUUACCAUGGAUGGGAGUUUGGUCGCGUUUGCGAAUCAAGCCGAGGAUAAUAGUGCGGAAUAUGAUCGUCCUUCUCUCGAGCUUCUUUUAGAACUUUUGGGAGACGAAGCGGUGGACCCAUCCUCGCCGCAUCUACUACGGCUCAGCACGUUUUUCGCGGAUCUGCUCGCCUAA